GAGUAAGGCGGAAACCUUGGAACCACCGGAAAUAUUUUGAUUCCCGCUCCUGUAGACAGCAGCAAAAACGAGGCUUGUAAAUACUCUGUUUGUCUGUGUUUUUUUUUGUUUUUUUUUUUCUUCACAUCAUAUCGGUCCCUGCCUGGCUUUCAUUUUGGUUUGUAGUACAAUCCCUAUAUAAAUGUAUUAUUAUCAAUUAGUGUUUUAGGGUUUGAGAAAUACGAAUCCCCAUUUCUCAUGUAAUGAUGGACAACUACAAGAACAAGGAGGAGAGAACAUCACUUUUAAUAAUAAUGGCAUUUGCUUGUUUUGCUGUUGCUUUAUUGCUCCUUGCCUUCAGUUACUACUGCUAUUUACGCAACAAACUACUUUCCAGUUUCAAUUCCAAAGAAGGGAGAAUUGAAUCUGAAGAAAAAGGCAACUCAAAAACUGAAGCUGUUAUUGUUGAAAAAGGAGUUGUUCAAGUGUUCACCUUCAAGCAGCUACAUUCUGCAACUGGUGGGUUUGGUAAAUCUAAUGUAAUUGGACAGGGUGGUUUUGGAUUGGUAUAUCGAGGUGUGCUUCCAGGCGGGAGAAAGAUUGCUGUGAAACUCAUGGACCAACCUGGAAGGCAAGGAGAAGAGGAAUUCCAAGUUGAGGUGGAAAUGCUGAGUAGGUUGCGUUCACCAUAUUUACUUGCUUUGAUUGGUUACUGUUCUGAGACUCACCACAGGGUGUUGGUGUAUGAUUUUAUGGCUAAUGGUGGCCUUCAAGAACAUUUGUAUCCAAUCAGAGGCUCGAACGCGGUUCCUUCAGAUUUGGAGUGGGAAAUGCGGUUGAGAAUAGCUCUAGAAGCAGCAAAAGGUUUGGAGUAUCUCCAUGAACACGUUACCCCUCCAGUGAUUCACAGAGAUUUCAAAAGCAGCAACAUCCUUCUGGACAAAGGUUUCCAUGCCAAGGUUUCUGAUUUUGGGUUGGCCAAGCUUGGAUCAUACAGAGCUGGUGGCCAUGUUUCCACUCGAGUUCUUGGCACUCAAGGAUAUGUUGCACCCGAGUAUGCUCUCACUGGGCAUCUGACUACAAAAUCCGACGUGUAUAGCUAUGGGGUUGUCCUUCUUGAGUUGCUAACUGGUAGAGUUCCGGUUGAUUCAAAGAGAUCUCCUGGAGAAGCUGUUCUUGUAUCUUGGGCUCUGCCCCAUCUGACAGAUCGAGAGAGAGUCGUGGAUAUUAUGGAUCCAGCUCUCGAAGGUCAAUAUACAAUGAAGGAAAUUGUUCAGGUGGCAGCAAUAGCAGCAAUGUGUGUUCAGUCAGAGGCAGAUUAUAGGCCAUUAAUGGCAGAUGUUGUUCAAUCUCUAGUCCCUCUGGUGAAGCCUCAAAGGCGAUCUUCCAAGGUAAGCAGCUGUUCUAGCUUCAGUGCUACCCAGUCUCCUAGGAUUUAAGAAGCUGUUCUAGGUUAGUAUUGACAGUCCCUAAGCCUAGUUUCAAGUUACAUGUGGAUUUAAUUUUGGGCUUUGUUCUUUCGUAAUGAGCUAGUGAUGGACUUUAGGAAUGGGCUUCAUGAAAAAGUCAGACCUGCUUUAGAAAUUAAUGUUAAAUGUAUGAUUUAUUGGUUAUAAUAACCUUUACUUCAUCACUUGCUUUCCUUCAGAGCAUCCCAUAGUGAACAGGUGCUCUGCUCACCACCACUAUAGAAAUGUUCAAUCAAAACCUUUAUGCGUGGCAAUUUCAGUCAGUUUGUCAUUGACUUAUGAAUGAAAUGAUUCGAGCUUUGUUUUACAGUCA